GAGUUCUCUCACACGCUCUCUUUUCCCACCUCCCCCUUCCCGCGCGACGAAGUUUGCACCACAGAGAGCUCGAAAGGGCGGGAAAGUAACUUCUAAGGGAGCCUGAAGGGGUCCAAAAUAAAGGUGUUUGGAGAGUGCUGUGUGAUCCUUUGAUGACUAUUUCUAAGGAGGCUCAAAGCUUUGUUCUAGUGGCGAAAAGACAACCACAGAAUGAGGAAGGCAGUCUCAACCUUGCGGGAUUUCUCUGAUCAUGAUAUGGUACAGUUCUUCAUAAGACGUCAGAUCAUCGCUAGAACACUAGCAGGGGUUUUCUCCCUGAUUAUCUUUGCCUCCUUGGUGACUGAAGGGUACCAGAAUCUGACAACCUCCUCCCAACUGUAUUGUGUUCUGAAUGAUAAUGGGACAGCCUGCUGCUAUGGCAUCACAGUGGGUGUACUCGCCUUUCUCCAGUGCCUGCUUUUUUUAGGCUUUGAUAUCUACGACACUUCCAUUACUAGUCACAGGCUCAAGUAUGCCAUCCUUAUAUUGGAUGUCACCUUCUCCAUUAUCUGGACAUGCCUGUGGUUUGUUGGCUUCUGUUUCCUAGCCAAUCAAUGGAAUCGGUCAACUCACACCUACUUGCUUGGAACUAGUGCAGCACAGGCCAGCAUCACCUUUGCCUUCCUCUCCAUUCCAUGCUGGGUAUACCUGGCCUACCUGGCUCUGAAAAAUCUCUGGGCUGAGCCACCUGUUCCUUACAAGCGGACCUUGGAUGAAGGAUCUGUUGCCUUGACCACCCUUUCCUCUUCCACCACCACUGCCAUUCCUAACAAUAUGGGGUACCCUGACAAUGUGGGUCCAAACCCCUACCCAUCCACUCCUGUACCCAAUCGACUAACAUUAAUGAAUGCUGAUGACUAGGCAAUCAUUUAUUCCUGCCAUAAAUAAAGAAGAGGGGGAGAGGGAGAGAGAGAGAGUCUGUUGCCAAACCAGAACACUUAUUUUAUAUAUGUUUGCCUUUGCUAAGAGCAGAGCAACACAAAAGUCGGACCACACACAAACACACACACACACACACACACACACGGUGCCCAGAACCAUUAUGUCCUGGAGGGAGGAGGACCCAGCCUACCUGUUAAAAAGAGAAUGGAGUAGCUUUACAAAAGCAAAGGAAAGGUGCUCCCUAUUUCCUGCUUUGCUUGCUUGCUCAGGUUCUGCACCAUAUUCUGGUGCUUGCCCCAGCCCUUUAGAGCCAGAACAAGCAGGCAGCACAGCCCCACAUUGCUGCUUCAAGCUGGAGAAAUGCAGUACUGUGACAGCUACAUAUAAGGUCUCAGCCUUAAAAGGUCAGCAACCUUAUGACCAGAGAAGACACACACACAUACAUCUGCCUUAGCACUUUGUUGUGUUCCCAGCUAGUGACAGCACUGUGUGGCUAUUUUAGCUGUCAAGCCCAAUUUUAAGGGGCCAAGAUAAGCAUAUGUGCAAGUGCUGGGAGAGGCAUUUGCCCUCUGUCACUCAGUUGCUUGCUUGGCUUCUUAUCCCAAUCUAGAGGCAAAAUGGUUUCUCCAUGCAAUUUCUGUGGUUUUUCAUGACUACUAAAAGCAUGAGAAACUAUUGACUGCUGCUGGGACAACAUCAUAUUAUGUGUAAAUAAAUCAAAACCAUACCCUAUCCAUGCACCCCCCUAGACCACACAUUAGUUAACCAAAACCUUGGAGACUUAAUAAAACCAGCACCCCAACUUUACUUCUCUCCAAAAGAAGUUUUCUGCCUUCAUAGUUUAAGAGAAAAGCUGGGGGGGGGGGGGCGACAAUACCACUUUGAGUGCCAAACUCACACACCCAAACCAACAGACAAAAUUCUGCAUAUGGAUGCAGCCUUCUGCACACACUGCAAGUACAGAUUUGCAUGUGGAUGCACAUCUCCAUCCACAUUGCAAUCUAAGCCCUAUUGAACUGGCUGAAUGUAUCUUUUGACUAAUGGAAAUGCACAUCUGCAGCCACCAGUAGUUACACCAGGACAAUAGCUGGACUGGGGCCAGGAAACAAAUGAUUACUUUUCUGAAAAAAAGAAAAAUAAAUGCCAGUUUGUCAGCCUU